GAGAGUGAGACCUUGUAGCCAGCACGUUCACUCUGAAACGGCGGCGGCGGCGGCAGCGACGAUGGCCGAUACCAGCACGUGUCGAGCGGGCAUGGAUGGCCUCAUGAAAGAGUUUCGUGACCCCAAGACGUACUACAAUGGGUGUCCUGACGCGACAUUGACAAUGCUCGACAAGUUCAAAGUCGACAUGUCUGUUCGCAAUGUUGAGUGUCAAAACCCAGGCUGCUGGUGGGCGUACUUGAUCGUCGCGAGGUUUGUCACGAACGACAACAUCAAUUGCCCCAUCACAGACGUCAGCACCAACACAAUCGUGCCACCAGGCAAAGUCAACUGCACAGCCGAGGAAUCCAAGCCACCUCCAGGGCCCACGCGCCCCUUUGACCCGACCCCGCUUCCUGCCUCAUCGAUCCCGUCAACUGGUAGCUCCGCGACAGAUUCCACGUCUCCACUCCUCUCCCCAACUUCAAUCACCUCCGCGCCGCUGGUGGCCAUCGGAGUCAGUUCCACCUCGUCCGUGGCCAUCGUCGUCAUCGUAGCCAUCGUUGUAGUCGGGUUGUUAGGACUAUUCAUUGUGUGGCGGCUGCGCGUGGUCAAUCGCGACAAUCCAGGCGAUGAUUAUUUCCGAGAACUCCACCACAACGACGCAAGCAAGCAUGGGUUAGUCAAACAAGCAUCCUCUACCGCGCGUGGUGGCACUGCCUCGACGGACGCCAGCAUGCAUGUUCCCGACGGCGAAGACGACUUGGACUUGCUCAGUUUGUGGCGGAUCCCUCCGGCCGAGAUUGUCAUGGAGCAUCGGCUAGCCGAAGGCGCGUUCGGCCAAGUGUGGCGUGCAUCGUACUGUGGCGACGCCGUGGCUGUGAAAGUUCUACACAAACACAAGAGUGCGAUGGCCGACAUUCGUCUCUUUAUCGACGAAAUCAAACUCGUGGCCAAGAUGGACUGCAACGCGAUCGUGCAAUUCGUGGGCGUGACAUACCAUCGGCUCGUGGAUCUACAGCUCGUGACCGAGUUCAUGGCCGGCGGCGACCUCCGUACGGUCCUCCAAGAGUCGGACGACGUGUCGUUCCCGACCAGUCAAAAGCUCGAGUGUGCGAUCCGUAUCGCAGACGCCCUCGCGUACCUGCACGUGAUGGAGCCCAAGGUCCUCCAUCGCGACUUGAAGUCCCGGAAUGUGCUCAUGGACCCGAUCAAGGGCGCCAAGGUGACCGACUUUGGAGUGUCGCGGGAGGCAGCAUUCGACCAGGAAACGUUGACGCAGGGGGUCGGCACGUACCGGUGGAUGGCGCCGGAGGUGCUCGUGGACGGACACUACACGACGUCGGCAGACAUGUUCUCGUUCGGGAUCAUCCUCACGGAGCUCGACACGCAUCAGAUUCCGUACGCGGACAGGAUGAAUGCCAACGGCGCCGCCCUCUCAGACACGGCCAUCAUCGCACAAGUGAUGCGGGGGACAUUGCGGCCGUCGUUCCGACCAGAUGCCGCGCCAUGGUUUGUCGAGUUUGCAAGCAAGUGCCUCGAGAACGACCCAGUGAACCGACCCACGGCGAUGGAAGCAGCAUAUUUUUUACGCAUGGCGCUUCGAAGGGACCAUGGAAGUAUGUAGCUUGGACCCCUGCGCAACGAGUACUUUCCUGAGUACUAAUACUAUUAAAAUAAUAUUAUCACGGGUUCAGAUCUGGUCCA